AUGCCAUUGCAGGCUCUCUUUAGCGCCUGGCGCUUACAAUCUCAUGAUACCCGUGCUCCUUACGAGGCUAAUAAUGAGAAGCUUCUGAAUCGCUUCCUGGAUGUGAUCCAACGGACAUGGCAUCUGGGCUUUACCGCCUUUGGUGGCCCCCCUGUGCAUUUCCGAAUUUUCUACCGGAAAUUUGUGGAAGGUCAAGGGGGGAAAACACCAUGGAUCGACGAGCAAACGUAUCAAGAACUAUUUGCAUUGUGUCAGGCAUUACCGGGCCCUGGAAGCACCAAGAUGGGGUUCUGCAUAGCCUUAAUCCAUGCUGGAUUUCUACCGGGACUUCUUGUUUUCAUGAUAUGGAGCCUACCUGGUGCAAUUGGAAUGUACGGUUUUUCCCUUGGAAUCCAAAAUAUACACGAAGUGCUUCCAGAUAUUGCAUAUGCUUUUCUCUCCGGCCUGAAUGCAUCCACCGUCGGAAUAAUAGCCCUAGCGGCUGUAAAGUUGGCAGAAAAAGCGAUCAAAGAUCCGUUAACUAGGAUCCUGGUUAUCAUGGGCGGAUGCGCGGGCCUUUGCUAUAAUGCACUUUGGUACUUCCCUAUGCUCAUGGUGAUCGGAGGAACUUGCACUAGCGGCUGGGAUCUAUUUGGUCGUCAAAAGGUCGCGAAAAUGAAAAGAAACUUUCGCCGUGGAAACAAAGACCCCCAGCGGGAGGUGGAAGAGAAUAGUGCACAUUUAACCAAUAUACCGGAAGAGCGUCAGUCCACAGGCGGGAUGCAGAAACGAUCUGUUCCCACUGGCACUGCCAUUGUAUCCCCUGCGCCUAUUGAUUCUGGUGCCUCCAAUGCUCCUAAUGAAGGGGAAACGCACCGAGCUGCCAGCGUAGAUGCGCGGUCUCACAAAAUUCCUGUCAUAUGGGGACUUGUGAUAAUUGCCGGCUUCUUUAUUUCCUUCAUCGCAAUACUCGUUGCACGCGGCGUUUUAGAUAAACCGCCGUUAGAAUUGAAUCUGUUUGCUAACAUGUACCUUGCGGGCACUGUGAUCUUUGGAGGUGGCCCUGUCGUUAUCCCGCUUCUCCGAGAAUACGUCGUCGAACCUGGCUGGGUGUCCCCCCGAGAUUUCCUAAUCGGCCUUGCCAUUAUCCAGGCCUUCCCAGGACCGAAUUUCAACUUUGCGGUUUAUCUGGGUGCGCUUGCAUUAGCACCCUCUCCGCAUCCCACCAUCCUGGGUGCUGUCUUGGGAUUUUUGGGUAUAUUCUUCCCCGGUCUCACGCUUGCAGUGGGCUUCCAAAGCAUUUGGAGAAGCAUUCGAACGAUACCUUUAACUACCAGUUUCCUGAGAGGUAUCAAUGCUACAGCAGUGGGUUUAGUAUUUACGGCUGUGUAUCGGCUCUGGGAAAUUGGGUAUCUAAGCGCCAAUUCUGUCGCUGGGCAAAGCCUGGGGAAGGAGCCAUUUUGGUUGGUUGUAGCAGCCAUCUCAUAUUCCGGAAAUUCGUGGUUUAGGAUUCCUCCGGCUGUUGCUAUCGUUACGGGAGGUGUUUUGGGCUUAUGCUGGUAUGGAGCGGUGGGACGAUAA